GUCGGGUAUGCAUGGAUAUUUAACGCGUUGCUUUUAUAUGGAUUACGUUCUUGUUCUCAGUAUGAACCCCUUACUGCUUGUGUGUAAUGCGAAACAAUCAACAUGAAAAUACUUAGACUCAAUGCGACCCACGUGAAUUGUUAGUCGGAUGUUUAGUGCUCAGUCUAAGUUGAUACCAUACGUCAUUGAGGUAUAGUUAUGCUUAUAUUGUUUCAUGAAUCAACGCGGUUGACAUGCACAUUUUCGCACAGAUUUGCAUCGAUCUUGGAUACUUCAUCUAUAAGUAAAUUGAAUUCACGCUUUUACGAAAAUAGAUUACAAUACUGAAGAAGAUGGAUUAUUAUAUUGUGUACGUUAUAGUUUUGUGUAUUGUCCUGACAAAUCUUCAGCAAGAUCCAAAUAAUUAAUAUUGUUUUUUGAGGCCAUGGCAGAUGUUUGAAAUAUCACUAAUCCAUAUUAUUUCCGUUUCAACGCCGGUGCAUCUGCAGUUAAAGGGAUGAAAAUCACUCCAGUGUCGGGUUUAACACAUAAUUAACGACUUACUAAGAUAUUCAUUAGAAUUUCGUAUAAAACUCCGGAUGAACAACAGUUGGGACAGUAUAUAAAUUCGAAAAAUCGGGGGACAUUCAUGAGUUGCGAUCGAAAUACGGGUCGUAACUGACGGGGAGUUGUAGAAUACACGCGUAAAGGUUGACGCAAUAGGUGGUGCGCAACGGCCUAAACUCGUUUUGAGGUACCUGCACACAUAUCAUGGAGUUGAACACUACAGAAGAUACGAUGUAUUCAAGUGCAGAAAAGGUCAUCAUAGGUGUUGUCUUGUACGUAUUGGUACUUAUCUCAAUCGGUGGUAACAUAUUAGUUAUCGUUAGUGUUUUAGUGGUUGAGCGUCUUCAUCGCGUCGCAAACAUGUUCAUUGUGUCGCUGGCCGUUGCGGACUUAAUGGUGUCAGUAUUCGUUAUGCCGUUUAACGCUAAUUUUAUUACAAGUGGGACGUGGCACUUCGGCCUGGCAUUCUGCAGUGUAUAUCAGAGCUUUGACAUUUUGGCAUGUACUUCCAGUAUUUUGAGCCUGUGUGUGAUAGCGGUCGAUCGAUACUUGGCCAUCACAUCGCCCUUCACGUACACCCAGAAAAUAACUCGAUCGUCCGCUACCAUCCUUAUAGCUCUGGUGUGGCUAGUAUCAUUCCUUAUAUCGGUUCUUCCAGUGAUAUUAGAUUUCCAUGAGGAUCCUGAAGCCAAAGCUGCGGGUCUUUACAAUGACCAAUAUUUCUGCGUCUUAAUUCUGAGCGGUAGAUUCGCAGUGAUCAGUUCUUUGGUCUCUUUUUAUCUACCAAUGGUCGUUAUGGUGUUUAUCUACGCGCGCAUUUUUGCGGUAGCCAGGAAACAGGCACGUCAGAUAGCAGCCUACGAUAAACCAUCAAACGAAGGAAACAGAACAAAUAUGGCACGCGAGAGAAAAGCUGCAAAAACGUUAGGUAUUAUAAUGGGUGUUUUUAUUGCCUGUUGGCUGCCCUUCUUCAUUGCUAAUAUUAUCGAUCCAUUUUGCAAUCGAUGUAUAAGUCCAAAACUUUUUGACGUAUUUGUUUGGCUUGGAUAUGUAAACAGCACCCUGAACCCUCUAAUUUACGCGCAGAACUCAGAAUUUAGAAGAGCAUAUAAGUACAUUUUAGGCUGCUAUCCGUGCCGCGGCCUGCACAUUAGAAAUGUUGAAAUGGACAUAUCCGAUAUUGAGGCAACACGGCACGAGAAUAUUCCAACGAAAAUGGCAAUUUCGAUUAGCAGGAAAAACGCACAAGACGCAAAUAAAACUACGAUGGAAACGAAGUGUAACGGCAGAGAACCCACCACAGGCAACCACGAUAGUAUGGCAAACAAUAAUGAUAUGGCGAGUAUUAAUAAUAAAAACAACGUAGGCUUAUUUCCACACGACAUGAAGGAAGGGGCGCUGAUAGUUCACCGCCGAUAUUCCGAGAAAGGUUUCGAAAAUCACGCACUGGAUCUCAAUCCUGAAAAUAUACAGCUGAAUAAAUAACGACCUUUCAUUUAUAUUUGAUAUUGAAUAAACAAGACAAUGAUUAUGGUAAUCGCAUAACAAUUUGAUGUAAAUUUGUGAUGAAAAUGCCCGUUUUUCAAUGUCUGAUUUAAAUGGCUGUAUAACAUCUGACACGGCUAAAGAACUCCACUCCGAAGCUUCGUAUUUUGAGUUUGGAGAUUUAGAAAACACACGUUCGCCAUAAAGCUGUAGGAAUAUUUAUAUAACUUGAACAUUCCGACUUUUUACGAAUCUUCUCGACAAAAUUUAAGAGCACUUUGUGGUAGUUAAUUUGUGUAACGUAUUAAAAGCAAAAUACAGGAAUCUAAUGAACGUAAGCCUUUAAUUAGAGAAUUAAAUGUGUUGCUUGAUGAGCAUACGAAUACCUUGCUUCUAUCGGAUAUUUAAAUGUUUUACCGUCAUUACC